AUGUGUGAUUCAUGUUUGGAUACCCGCAAUUUUUUUGGAGAAAUUCAAGCAUUGGUUGAGUAUUUUGGAGCAAGAAAACGCACAGCUUGUUUUAUUAAUCAUCAAAAAUUGCUAUAUCCUGGUCAAGUAUGCCGAAGAUUGAAAUUUCUAUCUUCUACACGUUGGACGUCACACGAUAGAGCUUUAGACGUCAUUUAUGAAAAAUAUACUGCUAUUGUUGAAAGUUUGGAGGAGUUAACAUUAUCAACUGACCGUUCUACUUCAUCUCAAGCUAUAAGUCAACUUAAAAACGUAACUUCCUACAAAUUCAUUUUAAUGAUGAAAUUUAUGAAAAAUAUAUUUAAAAUAACAACUCCAGUUUCAGUAUACAUGCAGUCUCCUAAAUUAGAUUUCAUUGAAGCAAUGCAUUUAGUCGAUUCAGCUCAAAAACGAAUUGAGCAAUUAAGAAAUGAUUGCAAAUACAAUGAAUUAAUUGACGAAGUUAAACAGUUUGCAAUACAUGAAAAGCUUGAGGAACAAGAUUUUCAGGUUGUCAGAAUUCGAAGAAAAAAAAGAAUGGAUGGAGAAAAUUUGCAUGAUGAAAUUAGCGAAGUUGCCAACUCACCAUCUUCAUUAUUUAAAUCUCAAGUUUACUUUUUUGUAUUAGACACAGUUAGUACUGUUUUAAACUCCAGAUACUCUCAAGCACGAGAAAUAUUAAAGGACUUUAGUCUUUUGUCUGUAGAAAGAAUUAAGCUAUUUAGUUCACAACAGGAUUUUCCUCAGGAUAGCUUUGAUGCUUUAAAAUGUUGGAUUUCAGAAUUAAAUAUAGAAUCCCUUCGAACCGAAUAUUCAGCAUUCUGUAAUGCUUAUUCUUCAUUAACAGCUGGCUUAAAUCUUGGAGAUACAUUACAUGAUACCCAAAAUUCUGACUACGACUGGUCUGAUAAUGAAAAUCAUGAUGAAGAAGAACCUACUACUUCAAAAAGCAACAAAGAAAAUGCAGCGUCUAUGUUACAACUGUUGUCAAAAUUUAAUCUUACUUCAGCCUUUCCAAAUUUAUACUUGGCUUAUAAAGCAUUAUAUACCAUUCCUGUAACAUCUGCUGCUGCAGAACGCUCAUUUUCCAAAGUUAAGAUUAUUAAGUCUCGGUUAAGAUCCACAAUGACCCAAUCAAGACUAGAAAGUCUCCUUUUACUAAACUGUGAAACUGAUAUAAACAUAGAUUUAAAUCAAGCUAUAAAUGAAUUAGCUACAUCAUCAACCUUGAUGAAAAAACUGUUAUUAUAUUCAUAA